CGAGGCGGGGGGAGGUUCACACGGCGCGGUUCAUAGGGGCUAUUGCAACCGGGCGUUCCGUAGUGCUACGUUGCUACACCGCGCUCCUACUCCGGCUCCCAGCUGAGCAUGGCCGGGCGCAGGGAAGCCGAUUUCGGCUCGCUGCUGGCGCAGGCCCGGGAGGCAUUUCGAGGGGCCUUUGCAGGGGCGGAUCCUGAGAUCGCGGUGUCCGCCCCUGGCCGGGUGAACCUGAUCGGAGAGCACACGGACUACAACCAGGGCUUCGUGCUGCCUAUGGCUCUGCAGCUGGGGACUGUGCUGGUGGGGAGCCCGAGGCAGGACGGAACAAUCUCCAUCACUACCAUCGCGGAGCAGGCAGAGGAGCCCAAAACGGUGCAGUUUCCAGCUCCGACAGAAGGAAACCCCCUGAGGCCCGGAGUGCCUCACUGGGCCAACUAUGUGAAGGGCGUGAUCCAGCAUUACCGGGCUGGUCCUGUCCCAGGCUUCAGUGCAGUGAUAGCCAGUGACGUCCCGCUGGGUGGUGGCCUGUCCAGCUCAGCCUCUCUGGAAGUGGCCGUGUAUACCUUUCUGCAGCAGCUCUGCCCAGAUGAUGGGGACUUAGUAGCCAAGGCACUGGCCUGCCAGAAGGCUGAGCACACCUUUGCUAAUAUGCCAUGUGGGAUCAUGGACCAGUUUAUAUCUGUGAUGGGCAAAGAGGGCCACGCGUUGCUGAUAGACUGCAGGUCGCUGGAGACUCUCCUCGUGCCUUUGACCGACCCCAGCUUAGUGGUUCUCAUCACCAACUCCAACGUGCGGCACGCGCUGACGGGCAGCGAGUACCCCACACGCCGGCACCAGUGCGAGGAGGCAGCCAAGGCUCUGGGCAAGGCCAGUCUGAGGGAGGCCUCUAUGGCUGACUUGGAGGCUGCCCAGGCCCUGCUGAGCGAGGAGGUGUACCGGCGAGCGAGGCACGUCAUCGGAGAAAUAGAGCGCACCUCCCGGGCGGUGCAGGCGCUGCAGGCCAGGGACUACGGCACGUUCGGAAGGCUGAUGGUGGAGAGUCACAACUCUCUCCGGGAUGAUUAUGAGGUCAGCUGUCCUGAGCUGGAUGAGCUGGUCGUGGCAGCGCUGGAGGUCAGCGGGGUUUACGGCAGCAGGAUGACUGGCGGAGGCUUUGGAGGCUGCACGGUCACGCUGCUGGAGGCUGGAGCAGCAGAGAAAGCUCUGCAGCACAUCAAGGAGAAGUACAGAGGCACAGCUACCUUCUAUUUCUCCAAGCCUUCCGAUGGGGCAAAGGCUCAGACUCUGCAAGCAGACACUUCCCUUUCUGCAUAAGGCUCUCUUCCCCAGCGCCCUUGAGGACCCGGAGGUCAAAGUCCUGGGCCAGCUGCCCUCCCCUUGAGGAAAUGGACUGCGGCUGAUUCUGACUUCACAAUGGAACUCAGGGAAAUGUACAAAUCUGCCCCUCUUGGGUAAUAAAGCUAAUUUUGCACAA